AUGCCUUACGAUCCGGACUGGGAUUUAGAGGAGGAAACGAGCACCAACCUCAAUUCUCUUGGUGCAACAUUAAAAUCACCAUCCGAAUAUGGCUCGGAUGAAUAUGAGUAUGGGUAUGAGGAAGGGGGGGGAGGGGACGAGCAGAUCGUUGAACAAGAACGGGGGGAUGCUGAAAAAGAAGACCAUAUGGCAGCCGACCUACUAGUCAGCCUACCUCGUUCUGACCCAAAACAAAACCCGGGGCAACACCAAGAUUUGAAACCCAAACAUCAGCAGCCCUUUCCAGGAGCAUCCGCCGCCGGAACGUUGCCAAAGGUGGAAGUCGUCCUUCACUCCAGCCCUAGGCGAGUCCCUCUCACGGCACCGGCAGAGGAACUAGCGGACGACUUCAGCGACGAACCCAACCUGAUUACUUCGGAUAUUGUGCCCAAUCCAGUUGUACACCACCAACAACCGACGGCAAAGGCGCAAGUCGGCCCUCCUAACACGCAGCCUUCCGUUGCUCCCGCUCCCGCUCCCUUCAAAUUGCCUGAUAUCACUCCUCAGCCCAAAAAGCGAGGCCGGCCAGUUGGUUGGAGACGGGGGCAUGGAUCAUAUGCGGCAAUGCGGUCAGGGCUGCCACCAGGGUCGGCAACACCACAGCCGAAACCGAAGAAGCCGGCCGGCGAACAAAAACCGAGGGGCCGCCCAGGCCGAAAACCCGCUCCCACCGCGCGUCAGCUCUACCUCAAGCUUAACCCGCAUUUUGUCGCCUUCCGCUGCGAGUGGGAAGACUGCCCGGCAGAGCUGCAGAACGUCGAAACCCUGCGUAGGCAUCUACUAGUUGUCCACGGCCGACCAUCCCGCUCCUCCUCAACCUCACUAUCCCCAUCGCCCGUCGCACAGCAACAAAACCACACCAUCACCCUCCCCUGUCGAUGGGCCUCCUGCACGUGCACACCCCUCCACUCGCGCGAAUCCUUCGCCAGCCACAUCGACACCGCCCACCUCCUCCCUAUCCGCUGGCACGUCGGCGACGGCCCGCGCAACACCACUCCCCCCCCCAAACCCACCACCACCAAAACCACCACCCCUCAACUUCCAACCUACCUUUUCAACGCCGCCGGCGAACAAGUCACGCCCUCCAUCACAACCCAACAAAUCGAGAACGAAGACGAGCGCAAGCGGCGGGCGGCGCGCGUCAACCGCGUGCUGCUGCUGCGCGACCGUCACGCGCCCGACGAGCCCGACUACGGGCCGCGCGAGCUCGAGAUUGUGGGCGAGGCGCUGGCGGCGAAGCAGAAGCGGCAGCGCAUGUUGAGGGAGUACGCGGAGAGGGGGUGCGUGGGGGGGUGGUUGCCGUAG